GUGGAAAGAAGGUGGUUUUCCUAGCGGCAGGCAGACAGGACCGCGCGGUUGGGUGUGAGCUCCGCCCCUGCAGCCGAGCUGAAAAAGCCAGGAUCCUGGCUCCUCAGCCCCUCUCUUCACAAUAUUUGAUUAGGAAUUCGGGGGCGGGACCCUGGCCUGGCACAGACCCGGGCGCUCUCAGUACACACGCUCACUCCUUCGCUCUCACACACACUCCCUUCAGCCCCAGGAGUGCACAGGCAGAGGGACGUGGUCACUCUGAAAGGUUCAACUCCAGAGACAACAUGCAGUGGGCCUCUGUCCUGCUGCUGGCAGGGCUCUGCUCCCUCUCCUGGGCCCAGUAUGAUGACGACCCUCACUGGUGGUUCCACUAUCUCCGCAGCCAGCAGUCCACCUACUACGAUCCCUAUGAACCUUACCCUUAUGAGCCCUACGAGCCUUACCCCUACGGGGUGGAGGAGGGCCCAGCCUACGCCUAUGGCUCUCCACCCCCACCACCAGAACCUCGAGACUGCCCCCAGGAGUGUGACUGCCCCCCUAACUUCCCCACGGCCAUGUACUGUGACAACCGCAACCUGAAGUACCUGCCCUUCGUCCCCUCCCGCAUGAAGUAUGUCUACUUCCAGAACAACCAGAUCUCCUCCAUCCAGGAAGGUGUCUUUGACAACGCCACCGGGCUGCUCUGGAUCGCUCUCCAUGGCAACCAGAUCACCAGUGAUAGGGUGGGCAGGAAGGUCUUCUCUAAGCUGAGGCACCUGGAGAGGCUGUACCUGGACCACAACAACCUGACCCGGAUGCCCGGCCCACUGCCUCGAUCCCUGAGGGAACUCCAUCUCGACCACAACCAGAUCGCGCGGGUCCCCAACAAUGCGCUGGAGGGGCUGGAGAACCUCACAGCCUUGUACCUUCAACACAACGAGAUCCAGGAAGUGGGCAGCGCGAUGAGGGGUCUCCGGUCAUUGAUCUUGCUGGACUUGAGCUACAACCACCUUCGGAGGGUGCCGGAUGGACUGCCCUCAGCCCUUGAGCAGCUAUAUCUGGAGCACAACAACGUCUACUCCGUCCCCGACAGCUACUUCCGGGGGUCGCCCAAACUGUUGUAUGUGCGGUUGUCCCACAACAGUCUCACCAACAAUGGCCUGGCCUCGAACACCUUCAAUUCCAGCAGCAUCCUUGAGCUCGACCUCUCCUACAACCAACUGCAGAAGAUCCCCCCAGUCAACACCAACCUGGAGAACCUCUACCUCCAGGGCAAUAGGAUCAAUGAGUUCUCCAUCAGCAGCUUCUGCACCGUGGUGGACGUCAUAAACUUCUCAAAGCUGCAGGUGCUGCGCCUGGACGGGAACGAGAUCCAGCGGAACGCCAUGCCCGAGGACGCGCCCCUCUGCCUGCGCCAGGCCAGCCUCAUCGAGAUCUGAGCAGCCCUGCCCCUGCGCGGGGCCCAAGUCCCCCCCGCCCCACUGCAUUUGGCUUGAUGGUUUGGUUUGGCUUUUGCUGGAAGGUCUAGGACAGACCAUGUGACAGCACUCCACGGGCUCCCCUCAUAUCUUCCCUGUAGGCAGGGUCAGGUGGGCCAGGGCACAGGCAGCUUUCCGCCGAGGUGCAGGCCCCAGCUCCCUUUCCCAGGACAGAGGUGGCGCAGAGGGAGCAAUACCCGCAGUCCCAGCGUCAGGAAUCUCACUACCCUUAGCUUCUUCCCCACGGUCUGGAGUCAUGAGCUCUGCAGUGGCCUGGGCACAGCACAUUAGCUAUUUUCCCAACAAUCCCCGACUCUGAGCAGCGCCUGCCUGCUCCCACGUGUGCGUGCGGGGCUGGUCAUGCCACUCCCCUGGGCUGGCACUCACGCUCCUCAGAAUAUACCUCUGUCCAGCUGCCUCCCAGCUCCACCUCAUCCCCUCAACUGGCCCCACAGACAGCUCUCUGGCCUCAGCCCCAGACAGGAGGCCUCAGGCCCUUGGCAUCUGCCUGCCAGAGGACCCACCCUUGUGUCUGCAAUUGGAAGGACCCAAGAGUCACCUCUCUGCCUCCCUCACCUCACUCCUUGAAAGCCACCAGACUCAAGGUCACCAUUAUGAUGACAAUAUUCAGGGCCCGAUAUGGGAGGAGACAACCAACCUUAGGCUUAAAAGUGCAGGGGGCUCUUAAAACUACAGGGCAGGUAGAUCGGACUUCAAAAGAGGAAGCUCAGGCAGAGCAGGCUGGAUGAGGAGGCUGCCCAGUGGUCCCCUUCUUGCCCCACACUCUGCAUGGCCAGCAGCUCCCUGCUUGGGUCUUAUCCUCACAGGAGAGACCAGCAUGAGAAAGGGAGGUUGGCCCCUCCUCUGACCCAUGCACGAAGGCCCACACCCUGGUGGGAGAAGCAGACUCCGGCCAGCCCCGGGCUUGCCUGCUGGCCCAAGGAGGAGGCUGUGGCUCACCUGUGUUCAUUGAUUUGUGCUAAGGCCACGGUUCUGCAGGACCAGCGCUGGCUGGGGAUGCUCACUGGGUCGCUGAAGCCCAGGCCAGGCAGCCAGCUCCUUCCGGUGCUGAGCAUAAAACCCUCUGCUUUUGCAGCUCUGAGCUACACUCUCGUUACUGAAGGUUCCUGUUGCUUUAUAGCUUGGCUGGAGAGCAUUGCUAUAUACUCCGCAUUUCUGAACGGUAAUGUCGCCUGGAGCCUAGCCCUCCUCUUUGGGGCCCCAUGGGGAUGGAGCCACCUGGGAAGCCCGGGGCAGGGACCCCUGGAAGAGAGAGAGCCCUAGCCUGGCCCCUGCCAGAUGCCAUUGUGUCCCUGAUACUGUGCGUGUUUGGGAGCAGCUUCCCCAAGAAGCGAAGGAGGGGUCCUUGGACUCUGUUCUUGGUCCCAGACCCUGAAAUCCACAAAAGCCAAACAAACCAGCUCAUUUCAACAAAGGAGCUCUGAUGUGAGGGGCAAGGCUGCCCCCGCCCAGGCUCUUCAGAAAGCAUCUGCAUGUGAGCACCAUCAUGCCGCUAUAAAGGAUUCUUAUUACAGGAAAAGCAUGAGUGGUGGCUGACUGACCAAUAAAGGUAUUUUACUAUUGCA